AUGUCGGAAAAACGUGAGGUUGAUGGGGCUCAGCCGCCUCUCAGCCCUACAUUGGACAACUCCCCGUCCGACAAUCUAGGAACUGGACCAGAUCUUCCGAAAAAGAGAUUAAAUGGAGGCCUCGAUGCGUGGCUAAGCGUUCUUGCGGGAUUUUGUGUUUUUGUGAACUCUUGGGGCCUAUUGACAACGUAUGGAGCCUUCCAGGAGUACUACCAGACUGUACUUCUUCCAGAUGAGACACCCUCGACUAUUUCCUGGGUUGGCAGUAUCCAAGCCACCUUGAUCCCCAUGGUUGGUCUUGCAACAGGCCCUCUAGUUGAUGUCGGCUAUCUACGGCCUCUAAUCAUCGCUGGGAGCUUUUUGACUGUCUUUGGAAUGAUGAUGACCAGUCUCGCCACAUCCUACUACCAAAUCCUCCUGGCCCAAGGCUUUUGCGUUGGAAUGGGCGGCGGCAUCUCCUACAUCCCAGCCCUGGUAGUAAUCUCCACAAACUUCACCAUCAAGCGGCCCAUCGCAAUCGGCUGCGCAUCAAUCGGCUCAAGCGUCGGCGCGGUGAUCUUCCCAAUCAUGUUCCGCCAACUCCAGCCCAAGAUCGGUUUCCCGUGGGCAGUGCGCUGCAUCGGCUUUAUCAGUCUGCUGCUUGCCAUCACCGCGUGCGCCAUUCUGUGUCGACGUCCGGGUGGAAAGGCGCGCGCGAGAAGCCUUAUCGAUUGGAAGGCCUUCCGCGAGCCUUCGUUUAUGAUGUUCUCGCUGUCACUGACCUGCGUCAUGCUUGCCUACUACGUCCCGAUUUUCUAUAUUGCUUCGUAUGCGCGGACGGUCGUGCAUACGACGUCUAGCUUUAGCUUCUACAUGGUUGCUAUUGUGAAUGGGUCGUCGGUCAUUGGUCGUGUUGUGCCGUACCUGCUUGUUGCGUAUAUCAAGCCAAUUGGGAUUCUGAUAUUUGCUGUGGCGGCUUGUGCCAUUGCUAUGUUCGCUUGGAUAGCAGCUACCGGUACGGCUGGCUUCAUUGUUUGGUCAUGCUACUUUGGUGCAUUGAGUGGUGUUUUGGUCACGGCGCCUACGUCUAUCGUGGCACAUCCGGUGUUCUGUCCGGACUCUUCCUUCCUGGGAACUCGUCUGGGUAUGAUGUGGGGCAUUUCCUCCUUCGGGGCUUUGGCUGGAACGCCUAUUGCGGGUGCUCUGGUCAAUCUUGAUACUGCGUACUUUUUGCGUGCUCAGGUCUUUGCUGGGUGCAUGAUGGUUGGUGCUGUGUUAUUGCAGCUUUGGCCUGCUGUUAGGGUUAUUCGGUAUGAUCGUGAUCAUUCUUGUAAAUCUUGA